CCGGGCGGUGGGGGGGUGGGGGGAAAGGGGUCCCGGUCCCGGUCCCGGUCCCGGUCCCGGUCCCGGUCCCGGUCCCGGUCCCGGUCCCGGCCAUGGGCGACUUGAUCCUCAACCUGGAUUUGGCCCCCCCCGGGCGGCGCGGGCGGGCGCGGAGCGGGAACCCAAAGCACGAGCGGUUCGUGCGGCGGCGGCGGGCGCUGGAGCGGCGGGGCGCGCUUAAGCCGAAGCAGCUGCCGGUGGCUCCGCCGCCCGGGGGGGGCUCCCGGAAAAAACCGGGCAAGAGGGGGGGGCGGAGGAAGGCGGCGGCGAGGGGCGGCGGCGCGGAGAGCCCGGUUUGCAUCCGGCUCAACCCGGGGCACGAAGCGAACGGGCCCGCCUCCCCCCCCCAGCAGCGCGGCGGCGGCGGCUCGGCCGGUUCCAAGGCACCGGAGGUCCCCGCCAAACCGCGGCGAGCGGCUCAGGGCGAACAAAGAGCCCCCAGCCACCCCACCCGGCCCCGCAAACUGGUGGCCAUCGACUGUGAAAUGGUGGGCACCGGGCCCGGCGGCCGCACCAGCGCCCUGGCCCGCUGCAGCAUCGUCAGCGAGGGGGGAGACGUCCUGUACGACCAGUACGUCCGUCCCACCGCCCCCGUCGUCGACUAUCGCACCCGCUGGAGCGGCAUCCGACGGCAGCACCUGGUGAACGCCGUCCCCUUCGGAAAAGCGCAGCGGGAGAUCCUGCGCAUCCUCGCCGGGAAGAUCGUGGUCGGCCACGCCAUCUGCAACGAUUUCAAGGCGCUCAAGUACUUCCACCCCAAAGCGCUCACCCGGGACACGUCCAAAAUCCCUUUGCUGAACCGUAAGGGCGGGUUCCCCGAGCACGUCGCCAUCUCACUGAAGCGCCUCACCAAGGAGCUGCUGCACAAGGACAUCCAGGUCGGGAAGAGCGGCCACUCCUCGGUAGAGGACGCCCGAGCCACCAUGGAGCUCUACAAAGUGGUAGAGGUGGAGUGGGAGCAACACCUGAUGCUGAACCCCGAGAAGGAGUGACGGCCCCACAGCCCAGUCCUGCACCCCAAAAGGGACCCUGAGCCCGCGGGGAGGAGCAGCGAGGGCCGAGGGGCUGCUCCGUCCGUCCGUCUGGGCAAGGUAGCAGAGACAGACAGACAGUGGGAGCGUGGAGCCAGGCGUGACUGUCCCUCGGCCCCAUGCCUCCCGAUGUGCCUUCUUACACCGCUGCUGUUUCCUUCCACCUUCCCCCAGGAACGGGGGGGGGGACGGGGGGGAGAGCUGGGACCAACCUGUGCCUUCCUGACUUGGGGGGAGCAAGAAGGGGGGGGUCUGUCUCUGAUCCCACGCCCCCAGAGGCGCCGAUAACACCCCGAGCCAGAGUGGGGCCGCAUGCAGCAGUGGGGCUCUGCCGGCUGCACUCGCCUCAAAUACAGGCCCAGGCCCCCAAAGCGGGGGGGGGGGAAAUCGGUGCUUGAGGCGGGGGGGGCGGUGUGUGUGUGCUCCUUCCCCUCCCACUCCUUCCAAAACUACCUCUGACAAGGGCAGGAACAGCCAAAGGGCUCCGGGCUGCGGCGUGGGAGUGGGCAGCACCCAGCGGGCGGGAUGCAGAUCCUGCCGGAAAGUCCCCACUCGGAUUUCGGAGCUGUUUUUCCUGCCCCCCCCCCCCAAUGAUUUAGGUGCCACCUUCCUCAUUGUGUAAGUGCUGCUGCAAGGGCGGGGGCUGGGGCGAGCCCGGGCACGGGGAACCGGUGUCACCCCGCUUGCUGAUCGGGCGUUUGUUCCCUGAACUCUUGAACGUGCCCCAGAGUUCUCAGGCUGCCCCCGGGGCAGGGGAGGGGGGUGGGGGUGGAGGGAGGGGGCUGCUUUGAACUGAAAUGUUGAUGUACAAAAACCCCAAUUAAAAAGAAGUGAUUAACGA